AUGGAGACCUACGUGAUCAUUGCGGUGCUUAGCAUACUUGUGCUAGUGACCUUAAAGAACCUUCUUUUCAGCACAGUCACACAAAUUGAACUCGAGAAAGAAAUUGACCCCAAUGCCGAGCCAGAGGAAACAACGGUUAUCAGGGAAUUCACGCCACGAGAAUUGUCCAACUUUAACGGCUUUGAUCUCGAGAAGAUAUACAUUGCAGUAAAGGGAAACGUCUAUGAUGUCAGCAAGGGGAGACAGUUUUAUGGGCCUAGUGGACCCUAUUCUAAUUUUGCAGGGCAUGAUGCAAGCAGAGGGCUUGCGUUGAAUUCCUUUGAGAUGGAGAACAUCAGAAGGUGGGACGAGCCAAUCGAUGAUUUACAGGGACUCAAUGAGAGUGAACUAAAGAGCCUGGACAACUGGGAAGGGAUGUUUAGGGGCAAGUACCCAUGUGUGGGGACUCUAGUUCCCGAUCCCCAAUUUGAAAAUAAAAAGGAUGUAUAA